AUGGCGACAGAAUGGAGCGGGCAGCAGGGUUACAUUCUCACUGUCAUCAUAUUCCUGUGGAGCGCGGUCGGCGGCCGCACGGAGACCGCGGCGUCCGGCGUCAGCAGCGGCAGCCAGGUGCUCGGCAUGCGGCUGGAGAGGAGCGACAAGCCGGCCGGCACCAAUGACGACGGUGUCAUCCAGGUGACUGAGGAGAGCGCCGUGCAGCUCCGGUUUUACGGGGUGCAGCUCCACUCGGGCGCCUGGACGCAGAUCCGCUUCACGGAGCUGGCGGACGGCGGCGGCGGCGGCGGGGACGAAGCGGAGGAUGAGGAGGAGGCGGUGGCGGCGGCGAGGGGCGGCAGCGGCAUGAUGGUGAUGGAGCCGCCGGACAGGACUUGUGUUGAUUUCACGAAGGACAUCAGCGUCGAGACCUUCAUGAACGUGAGCAGUCGGGGCACGUCGGGGCUGCUCACCGUGCACAUUAAGCCGCUCCGCAAGAGCGAGCCGCGGAAGGAGUACGCCCUGUGCACGCGGAGCGCGGACGGGAGCAGGUGGGUGCUGCUGGGGGACAGUGAUGGCAGGGUGCUGGUGGUGGAGGAGAAGAAGUCGCUGCUGCCCAUGUGGCUGCAGGUGAUCCUCAUCUCGUGCCUGCUCGUGCUCUCCGGGAUGUUCAGCGGGCUCAACCUGGGGCUCAUGGCGCUCGACCCCAUGGAGCUGCGCAUCGUGCAGAGCUGCGGCACCGACAAGGAGAAGAAGGACGCGCGGAAGAUCGAGCCCAUCCGCAGCAAAGGCAACUACCUGCUGUGCUCUCUGCUGCUCGGGAACGUCCUGGUCAACACCACCCUCACCAUCCUCCUGGACGACCUGACCGGCUCCGGGCUGGGCGCGGUGGUGGCCUCCACCAUCGGCAUCGUCAUCUUCGGGGAGAUCGUCCCGCAGGCGCUGUGCUCGCGCCACGGGCUGGCCGUGGGCGCCAACACCAUCGUGCUCACCAAGUUCUUCAUGUUCCUCACCUUCCCGGUGUCCUUCCCCGUCAGCAAGCUGCUGGACGUCCUGCUGGGCCAGGAGAUCGGCACCGUGUACAACCGGGAGAAGCUGGUGGAGAUGCUCAAGGUGACGGAGCCCUACAACGACCUGGUGAAGGAGGAGCUCAACAUGAUCCAGGGCGCGCUCGAGCUCAGGACCAAGACAGUGGAGGACGUCAUGACCCCCAUCGCGCACUGCUUCAUGAUCCAGGCGGACGCCGUGCUGGACUUCAACACCAUGUCUGAGAUCAUGGAGAGCGGCUACACGCGCAUCCCCGUGUACGACGACGAGAGGUCCAACAUCGUGGACAUCCUGUACGUCAAGGACCUGGCCUUCGUGGACCCGGACGACUGCACCACCCUGAAGACCAUCACCAAGUUCUACAACCACCCGGUGCACUUUGUGUUCCACGACACCAAGCUGGACGCCAUGUUGGAGGAGUUCAAGAAAGGUAAAUCCCACCUGGCCAUCGUCCAGAAAGUGAACAACGAAGGGGAGGGAGAUCCGUUCUACGAGGUGCUGGGAUUGGUCACGCUGGAGGACGUCAUCGAGGAGAUCAUCAAGUCGGAGAUCCUGGAUGAGUCUGACCUUUACACAGACAACAGAAACAGGAAAAAGGUGGACUCCAAUAAAAACAAGCCCGACUUCUCGGCCUUCAAACAAGAUGCCGACAGUCACGUGAAGAUCUCUCCUCAGCUCAUGCUGGCAGCUCAUCGUUUCCUGGCUACAGAGGUGUCGGUGUUCAGCCCGUUCCAGAUCACAGAGAAAGUCUUACUGAGGGUCCUCAGACAUCCGGACGUCAUCCAGGAGCUCAAGUUCAACGAGAACGACAAACGCUCACCGCAGCACUUCCUUUACCAGAAAGGCAAACCUGUCGACUACUUCGUCCUCAUUCUGCAGGGCCGAGUGGAGGUGGAAGCAGGAAACGAAAACAUGAAGUUUGAAACCGGCCCCUUCUCGUACUACGGAGUGAUGGCUCUGAGCUCGCCAUCUCUGGCCGUCACCCCUCCUCUCUCCCCAUCAGUGGCGUCCCCCCCUCCACGACGCCUCUCUCUUAAGAGGUUUUCUCUGUUCUCUCGUUUCCCAGAGUUUCGUUCUCCGUCACACGGGGGCAACCUAAACCGCUCAGCGUCUCUGAGUUGCACUGAGCGCGCUCCAGAGAGUGGCUCCGUCAGCGGGAGCAUUAAUCAGAUCCCAGGAACCCCCUUCCAGUACGUACCAGACUUCUGCGUACGAGCUCUCACAGACCUGCAGUUUGUCAAGAUAACUCGUUCUCAGUACCAAAACGGCGUCCUGGCGUCCAGGCUGGACAGCACGCCACAGUCUCCAGAGGGCAGUCACACUCGCCUGGACACAUCUGCCUCUUUGCCUCCUGUGACGCCACCAGGGACCCGCUUCCCACUGCCGCUGGCCACACCUCCUGCAAAGCGCCCGCCCUCCAACACUCAGCUGCCGCCACCGAGCAGCCGUGGAGCUCUGCCCCAAACCACCACCUCCUCCUCCGGCCGCAGACCGAGCCAGUGUCUGCCUCAAGGAACCCCGCCUCCGAGCAACCACACCCCCCUCUCCCAAACCCCUCCGUCCUCCCUGAGCUCAGCGCCGUGCACCUUUAACCUCCACCCGACUCUGCCCUCCUCCAAGCUCCAGCAGUCGCCGCCCUCUGCUGGCUCGGAGAACGGGCCGGGAGAGACCACCACUCUGCUCAGUGAGCAGCAGAACUGUGUGGGCCCCCGCAGGCCCAGCAACAGCCAGGCACACCCCCACCCACAGGUCCACACCAUCACUCACGCACACACUGAAAGCACCAUCUAACUUAAAAAGUCCCCGUGGGGAAACUAAACUACCUGUGCACUCACUCACACACACUGGCACUACUUCCUGUUUCCUGUUUGCUUGUUGUCUCCUGAACUUUUCUGUAGACGUCUGAGGCGAGCUGAGGAUCAGCUCCUCAGAUGCUCCUGUAUCCCGUCCUGCAUGUCCCCCUCCCAACACUGACACACAUCAGAAUAGACUACAAAGAUGGUGGAGGGAACACUAGUGAGUAUGACUGGAGAUACAGACGGGGCUGUGUAUGUGUGUGUAUGUGUGUGUGUGUGUGUGUGUGUGUGUGUGUGUGUGUGUGUGUGUGUGUUUUUAAAGGGUCAGUUCACCUGAAUUACAGAAAGACAUAUUUCACCUGCAGUGGUAUCAAACUGCAGAUGGGUUUAGUUUUAUUUGUCCAGGUUUUGAGAUGUCUGCCUUCACCUGGGUGAAAAAUUAACUGAGCAGAAACACUUUGACACUUCCUGUGGAUCAUCUACUGACCAACUGUGAGCUGUUUUUAUUGGAACCACUCCGUACAGAGAAAAUCAUCUGUGUGAAAACCGUUCAGAGACAUCAGAGUGUGUAUGUCCAUGUUAUUUGUUUUGACCUGUGAACUUAUUUGCUCAAAAUUCUCAUCAUAAAAUCAGGAAGUUUAGGUUUUAGUUUUUCCCCUGCUGUGACAGCGCCGCCUACAUUAGAGUCCUAAUUUGGUUCGUGCAGGUCCAGUGUGGGUGGGGGCACUAAAAGCAGUCUUUAUAUCUCCUAAAGGUCCCGUGUGAAGGAUUUAGGAGGACAUGUUGGCAGGAAUUUAAUAUAACAUAGUAAGCAUGUUUUCUUUAGUGUAUAAUCAUCUAAAAAUAAGAAUAGUUCUGUUUUUGUUACCUUAAAAUGUUGAUCUCUACACAGAGAGCAGGUCCUUGUCUACGGAGACCGCCAUGUUGCACUGCCAUGUUUCUACAGUAGCCCGGAAUGGACACACCAAACUCUGGGCCGUACACAUGCUGCAUGUUUAAGCGCCUGCGUGCUACUCUUGUGCCGACGUUAAAGAGCAUGCAGGCAGGUUGCGUCCGAUGUUCUGUGUCCGUGUGUCAGAUGUAAAGCUCUGGGCAGCCCUCAGCUUCUUCUCCAUAUUUAUCACCGACUGAUAGUGAAUGAAUCUAUUGGCUGUGAUUGGUUGUUCCUCGGCACAUGACAUGCACGGUGUGCUGCUGCAUUCCAGAAGUUAAUCUCAGGGCGCAGCCGUCAUGCCUUGAAGAAGAGUCGCUUGUAAACGCUAGCAUGUCACAACGGCAUGUGAGCGCACCUGCAGCAUGUCUACAUUGCAAACAAUGGAUUUGAGGGUGAAAAAACUCAGCAUGUGUACAGCCUUUUAAGGACGCAUGGAAGUCUGAGGGCAGUGAUGGUCACAACUUUUGAUAUGAACGUAUCUAUUUUUGUAGGUAAAAGGCAUAAAGAGUUUCUGACUUGUAAAUAAAGUCAGAGUCAGCGUCUGAGUUGUUUAUCUGGCUGGGAAAGCUCUGAUAGAAACGACUUGGUGCUUGCAAAUAUGGAAGCAGUUAAAACAAAUAUAGAUGCCUCAAAUCAGACACAGACCGUUGUCAAUAAUCAUCAUAAUGAACUUAAUAUGUUAAGUGCUUUCUAGGUGCAAAACACCAAAGUCGUUUAGUGUAAUUAAACCCAACUUUAACAGAUGUGCUGUUUGCACAAAUAUGUCCAAAAACGUUUUUUGAUAAAUGGAAAAAUCUGCUGCUCUAUCAUUUUAUUACCUGACACAAAAAAUCAGGAGAGAAUUAAAAGUUACUCAAACAAAACUUAACCUAUGUGCUUAGAUUUCAGAGUCAGACAUCUCAAAACCUCGACACAUUGUGAUUUAUGUGAACUGAGCCUUUAAGUCAUCUCUGUACGACAUUAACAAGAACCUGGCGUUUCCAGAUCAGAGCUGGAGUCAGUUUAGUUGUUUUAUUUUUGCAAAGAGAGAAACUUCCAGAAACUCUAAAGUUACCAGUGAAGAUUUUAUUUUCCAUAAUUCAGACUUCAGUCGUGUACUGGCGGUUUGUUUGAGUGUGUUUUUGGAGCAGAGGUUUUUUUUUUAUUAACGUGAAGGAACGAGUUCCUCUGUGCUGAAGUGUCAGUGAGUCGGUUCAUCUACCAGCAAACGGACCAGAGUCACUGUUCUGAGUCAAAGUUCAACAACCACACUGGUGAUUCUGCAUGUUUUCACCCCUUUAAUACAAACUGGGAGAACGUUACAUCGGACUGGUUUUACAAAUGAUUCUGCAGGUUUCUGGAUUUUUGGAUUUAAGUCAGUUUCCAUUCAUUUCUGUUUGGCUUCAAAAUGAAAUGUGAGUCACAGCUCAGACAUGUUUCUGAGGCGUGCAGUGUCUCUUUAAUUUAAAUCUUAGAAUUAAAUCAACUGUGGCUCUGAUUGGUUCAGACUCCUGCCAACACAUACCUGCUGACCAAUCAGAGCCCUCAGUGCUGCUCUGUGGGUAGGGCUUUAAUUUCAAUUUUUAGACAGUAACGACACAGCUGAAAAGAGGUCUUUAAAUUAAAGCAGGAAAAAAUGCAAACUAUAAAUGUAAAAGCUGGUUAAAGAUAAAUUGAAGGAUGUAAUAUAAUAAUAAAAAUAAGCAAGUAGAAUAAAAAUUACACUUAAAAAAUAUUUUUAAAAUUGUGAUUCUGUUUGAAAAAGUAUUAUUUCACUGUUUCAACACAAAAUAAAGAAAAACAAAAUUUUAAAUUGGCAACAUUAAUCAUCUUUUUUUAUUAUUAUUAUUUAGUCUAUUAAUUCACAAUUUGUAUGCACAUUUGAUUAAUGAAGAAAUCAUUUUACAUGUUUGAAUUUAUUACCUGAAAAUAUUUAAAGCCUGCUCAUUGAUUUCUGCACACUACAGAAAUGAAAUGACGCUGACUGCUAUCUAAAAAGUUGAAAUAUAAACAAGACUCAUACAAUAAAAAAUAUAAAUUGCACAUGAUUUGUAGUUCAGAGGUUAAACCCGCAGAAACACUGGUGUGGUCCUUUAAAUGAAUAUUUCUAGAGAUGUGACAGUGGGCGUCUUCCUGGUCUACCUCUUGACCGAGGCAAUAUGUUUUAAAUUAUUUAAUUUCCAAGAGUGAUGUUAAAAUAUUUAUUUCAUGUAAUAUUAAUUUAUAUAAGUACAUAUAUAUAUUUGACAUUCCAUUUGUUGUUUUAUAUUUUAGAGAUUUUAUUUAUUUUUUGCUUUCUCUGGUUCUUGAAUGCCGUUAAAGUCGAAGAGAAAGCUGCGUAUUUCAGACACUGUUUCUUCCACUGAAUCUUCCUCACUGUGAACAGAACACGGAGCGACGCCGGCUCCUUCUCAGAGCUUCACCACGUCACGACACGAAGAGAUGACCAAACUGGAUCUUUAGUUGUUGCUACACUGUGCGUUCACUGACGUGAAGCGAUGGACUGAUGUCACAACUGGGCUUUUUAUUUAUUUCCACUGAGUUACUGUGCAUCAGAGCACGCAGGUGUGGCUUCAUGAAGAUCAAAUAAGCAGAGUGACGAGUGUUUUAAUGUGUGUUUAAAGCAAAUACCAUCUGCUGUCUGAGUUUAAUAUUCUCUGUGCACUCUUAUUACAGAGGAUGAGUCUGUAAAGAACCUGACCAAACUGUCUCUCAGAGGCUCUGGACUGUUUUGGUUUUAAGCAGGGCCGUAGCCAGGAUUUUAGAGAUACUGAGGUCAUGUGCUUAUGCCCCGCCCCCACACACAUUCUCAUUGACUGAUGAAUUGGAGCUGGUUAUUUAUAUUAUUGUGGCGUAUUGAUUAUGAAUACAGUCCAUCUGAUGCUGUCAGCGUUACAGAUCAGAAGUACAGAGAGUUGUUGACUAGAGAUGAUACACCGUCUCAUGGUGGUCACUUCGAACAAAUACUGGGUCUAAAGGUACUGGAAUCAUCCCAGAAACCUUGAGGUUACCAGUAUCCCAAAAUUCCCUGAAACUAAACACAGAAGUCGUGACCUCAGUAUCCUGAGUUGUGGCUGCAGUCCUGAUUCUGCCACAAACUGCAAGCUGUUAAGUCUUAUUUUUGAUCCUUUGGAUUCAUUACUGGUAUCAUUUGCUCAUGAUGUGAUUGGUUUUGACAUUGCAAACUGUUUCUGAGCCCUGGGCUGAACCCGAGGCUACAGAAAAAAACACUAACACCUAUUCUUCCUGUCCGACCUCACUCAUGUCUGUUCGUUAAACAUGAAUCUGCAGCCAGUAGACAGUUAGAAGAAAGCAAAUCUUUAACGUGUGUUUCGCCUGUGUAUUUGUUAACCAUUGAGCUUUGCAGUAAGCGCGGGGUUAAGGAUUGACACUUGAAUAUUGAAAACACUCACAGCACAAUAACUUGAGAUUUAAUGGACCACAAACAUUCCACUGCAUGUCUUCACACUGGUGAUGUUAACCCUGUCAGGGCCAAACGUGGUGUGAUAAACCCUCAUGUUGCUUCCUGUAACUGGGCAAAUGUAUGUAUGACGUGUGUGUGUGUGUGUGUGUGUGUGUCCCUGUGGCACUUAAUGUGAAGAAGUUUUAAUUGUGUGUGUGUAAAUGAAACAUGUUCAACCGGUGUUCGGAGCAGACGGGGAGUUGGAGGACGUUUGGUUGUGUUCCAGAGGAGAUAAAGAGAUUAUAACAUGAAGACGACUGUAGCAGCUCGCUCCUCGCGGGCUGAGCUCUGACGUUAAAGCUGCUAGCAUGUAAUCUACCUAUUUUUUUUGUUUUUCAUAUGUAUGCAGUGACACUGAAACAUUUUUAAGUGACUGUGAAGAUAAAUUAUUUUGUUGAUGAUAUAGUGGUUUAUUUGAAAGGAUAAAAAAACGAACAACUGUUGUAUAAGCUAGCACUGAUUUCAAAAACACGUGAAUUAGGUAGUCUGAGGAAGUGAAUACUCCAAAGCAUUUCUCUUUUGGUGGAAUGAUUUCCCAAAACUGGAUUAAUAAACUGCUCCGAGGGCCCCCAGGCAGCCCCGUUGUCACUGUGGUAAUUUGGUUUAUUUAAACAGUCCCUCCAGGAUUUUACAGACUUUUUUCAGGGAUUGUUGCGGCAUAAAUUUCCUGAUUUCACAGCAGCUUUUCUAAAAAGCAGGGAAUUCACGGGGACUGAUUGAAUACGUGGAAUUUUAAUUGUUGGAAUCACAACAGCCUGCAGGGUUCCCACGGUCAUGGAAAACCUGGAAGUCAUGGAAUUUCUGUAUCACAUUUUCUUGGCCUGGAAGUCAUAGAGUUGGUAAAGUUGUGCGGGGCACUGCCAUGAUGGUGAAAUUCAUGGGAAACUACCAUCAGUCAAAUCUGUGAAAAAGUUGCAGUGAUCGGACAAAAUUGCAGAGUCACAGGGAAUUCUGGGGACUGAUUGAAUUAGCAUUAAUUGUUGCCAUCAGGACUACCAGGAAGGAUCCCAUGGUCAUGGAAACCUGGAAAAGUCAUGCAAUUUCACGAUCACAUUUUCCAGUGAUGUUGUGCGGCGGACUGCUAUAAUUGUUGAAUCUCACAGAAAACUACUGUGAUUGGGCAAAGUUGCAAAAAAGUUGCGGUGAUCGGAGAAAUUGCAAGGUCGCAGGGAAUUUUGGUGACUGACUGAAUUGGCAUUAAUUGGCAUUAAGGAAAAUCACAUCUUCCAGUGACAGUGUGCUGGGGACGGCUAUGAUUGGUCAAAUUUGUGAAAAAUUUGCAGCGAUGAGACAAAAUUGUAAAGUCGCAGAGAAUUUACAGGGUUUGGUUGAAUUAGCGUUAAUUGUUGCGAUCACAACUGCCGUUCCGCAACGGACACGCAUCCAGUGGAAAUCCGGCGUCAGCCCUAGAGUGGUCUCCUUUGGUCUGAAUCAGGGACUCAUGUUGUUCCAAAGUUGUAUAAUUGCCUAGAGUUGGUUCGUGCUCUCACGGCAGCAUUUACAAGAGGACCAGAUCAAAUGCCUUGUGUGAGAAAGCUGCUCUUGAUUGGUCAGAAUUUCCAUGUGGGAAAAAUCCAGGAAGUAAAGCAAACGUUGAAGAAGAGUACACUUGCAAGAUAAAUGUGACACUUUCUAAUGUCACAAUGGAGGGACAACUACGCAGGUUGAUUUUAGCACUGCUCAUCGUGGACUAUAUUGCUGUCAUUGUUCAUUUUAGUCAAACCAUACAGUUUGAAAACGAGGCGCGGCUCCAACUAGAAAACAAUGUUUUGAUGCAUUGGAUGUGCUGAAUGUGCAUAUUAAGGCAGUACAGGAGGAGGUGCACAUUAAUAAUCCUCCAGGACUGUAACAUGCUCAUGUUUAACCCAAACAAUGUAUCAUGUGACUGCAGUUGCUUCACAUCCAGGUCGGAACACCUUCUCACCACAAACCAACCGCACCAGAGUUCCUUUGGAACCGGACUGAGACCACCUCUUCAAGAAGGUCUCAGUCCGGUUGUUUUGGUGUGUUCACACCUGAGUGUGAUUGCUGUGUUCACACCUGCCCAAAUGAACCACACUGAGGGGACAAAUGAACUUGAGUUUGAUUGAACCGAACCAAACAGGGCAGGUGUGAAAGCAGCCUUAGUCUCUGUGGGAACCCUGAUCCUGGAGGGGCUGUUUAAAACUGAUCGGGUAAAUGCACCACUAAAGCUCAAAAUCAAAAGAUAAGGAUAUAAAGGAGAUUUAUUUUUAUAUCAAGGUCUUACCUGGCAUCUAAAUCUAGUUUUCAGACCUUCAUUAUUUCAGUUUUGUGCUCACGUGUCACAAAAUUUAUUUGUGCUUCACCAAAUGCAGCAAAUGGGGGGUUAAUGGGGCCCCGGCAGCUCACUGUUACCCCGGGGGUCCCCCCACCAAGGGGAAGAUCAGCACUCUGUGAAAACCAUUGAUUUUAUUCAGCAGGACCAGCUGAGGAAAACCUGCUGGUUAAAUGGAAAUAUUGAUAUAAUGGACAGAGCCUUACCCUCUACUGGAAGAAAAUUUAGACCUGCCUGCUGGUUCAUCUAGGUCUCAUGUAGCAAUUGGUCUUAUACUGGUUUCCAGUGAAGCCACUGGUUGGCUGUGUGAUUACCAGUUUGUGUACUGGGAAAUGUGCAAACAACUGUUCUACUUAUUAAUGUUGUAUUUAUUGUAAACAUUGUAUUUAUUGUUGGGUUUUUUUGUUUUGUUAAAGACACCUGAAGGUGUGGUUCUGUGAAACGGGCUUCCAGCUGUGAGACGCAGCUUUUAUUGGGUUCAUUCACCCAGAAACACUGUGUUCAGCUCCCUGACUGCUGUCUGUGUGACAUUACUGUAAAUACUCUGUACAUGAAGAGACGGGCAUUCGUGUGACGCUGAAAGAGAUGUUGAAAAUAGAUCUAUUUAUAACGAGAGAGAGUUUUAUUUCCAUUGUUUUUGCUAGGAAGGCAUUAAAUAGCAAUAAACAUUGCACAGA